UACAUUCUUUUGUCGAUCGUAAACAAAUUUCUAAUUAUACCUACAACUGUUAUUUGGAAUAAUUUAAUUUAACAAAAAUCUUGUCAAAGAUGUCUAUGCGACCUGAUGACCAUCGUCGGAAGUGGGAUAAAAAGGAGUUUGAGCGUAAAGCUCUUGAUCGAAUACAAAAAAUAAAUAAAAAUGAUGAAGCUCCACCCGAACCCCGUGAAUUGUUAAAGACGAGAGAAUACAAAGUAGAUUUGGACAGUAAGUUAGGAAAAUCAAUGGUCAUCAAUAAAACUACUCCAAGCAAUCAAUCUGGAGGAUAUUUCUGUAAUGUUUGUGAUUGUGUUGUCAAAGAUUCUAUAAACUUUCUGGAUCACAUCAAUGGCAAAAAACAUCAAAGGAACUUGGGUAUGUCCAUGAAAGUCGAGCGCAGUUCUUUAGAAAGUGUGAAAGAGCGAUUCAACAAGAACAAAAGAAAAAUUGAAGAAAAGAAAGAUGAGUAUGACCUCCAAGUUCAACUCAAAAAUGUUAAAGAUUCUGAGGAAAAGCGCAAACAGAUGAAGAAGAAAAAGCGUAAAGAACAGUUAGAUGAGUCUAAAGAUGAUGAUGAAAUGGAGAUGGCCAAGAUGAUGGGAUUUGCAGCCAAUAUGGGAAGUUACUUAGAUAAACCAGAAACCUCAAAAAAGUCGGAAAACAACGAAAAUGAAAUCUUGCAAAUAGGCAGUUCCUCAAUGCAGGGCUGGCGUGUGAAUCAAGAGGAUGCUCACAAUUCCAUUUUAAAUUUUGAUGAAAACACUGCUUUUUUUGCUGUUUAUGAUGGCCAUGGAGGCUCUGAAGUUGCAGAAUACUGUAGUAUGAAACUGCCUCAAUUUCUUCAAGAUUUACAGUCAUUCAAAAAAGGCGAUUACGAACAAGCGUUGAAAGAUGCUUUCAUUGGCUUCGAUGGAACUUUGUUGAACGAAAAAGUAAUUGAAGAAUUAUUACAACUGGCUCGUAAAAAUCCUGAUUAUGUGGACUCUGACAUGGAAAUAGAGGAUGAGACAGCUGAAGAAAUUAUCAAUCUUCACGAAGAAGCUAAAAUGCCUCUGAAUGAAGUUCUGAAAAAGUACAAAGGAAAAAUCGAGACCUUAGCCAAAUCUAGUAAUGCCCACCGAGCCAAAGAAGUGUCAAAAACAGAAACAUCGUCUGCUGCCGGGCCUUCAAGCUCUUCUUGUUCACCAGGAUCAAGCGGCAGCUCAACAGUUGAUAGUCGUCAAAAAAUCCAACAGAAAUUAGCAUCAGAUAAUGAAGUCAGUAGUUCAAGCAGCAAAGCAGUAUCAGAAAGCGACACUGAUGCUCCCGAACCGACAUCAUCAAGCGGAAUUGUUCCUGAACAGGCACCUGACAGUACCCAUACCAUUCCGAAAGUCACUGGAGCAUCCAGCGAUGUAACUAAACCCAAACAAAGUACAACAGACUCUUCUGAAGUGAACGUUGAGCCAUUGGUACCUGCUAAUGGCGUCAUUAGCUGUUCAGAACGAAAAAUCUCACAAAAACAAAGCGAUGAUGAAGCAAUUUCAUCGUCCUCAACUCAAGAGAAUGGCGAGAGCAUUAUCAGUUGUCCAACAUCUUCUCAAAUUACUUCUGGCGUUUCGUCCGCUAGUAAUUUACCUGGAAGUAGCAGUUCGCCUUCUAAAACGCCGAUUAAAGAUCCGAAUCAAAUUUCUAGUUCAUUACUUCCAGAUACAGACACUGAUUCGUCAUCUGAUGAAGAGUUUGAUGCUACUUACAAAGAAUCAAGUGGUCCAAAGCCAUUAAAUAGUGAUGAUGACACCACCGAUGAAGAUGAACCAGAAGAUGUAGAUGACGAUGAAGAAAUCGAUGAAGAGGAAAUUUCCGGAGAUGAAGAAGAAGACGAAGAUGAAAGUUUCGAUGAUGAGUUUAUAAAUAAUAUGGCCACUGGUCCUGGAAAAGCUUCAGGCUGCACAGCCGUUGUUGCUUUAUUGUCAGGACGUAAUUUAUAUGUGGCAAAUGCAGGAGAUUCUCGUUGUGUUGUUUGCCGCUCAGGCAAAGUUGUUGAAAUGUCGUUCGAUCAUAAACCAGAAGAUGAAAUUGAAUUCGAACGUAUUCGCAAAGCUGGUGGUCGUGUAACACUCGAUGGAAGAGUGAAUGGUGGGUUAAAUUUGUCUCGAGCUAUCGGUGAUCAUGGAUACAAAAUGAAUUUUGAACUGCCGUCAGAAGAACAAAUGAUCUCGGCUUUACCAGAUAUUAAAAAUAUUUCACUUGAACCUGAAGAUGAGUUUAUGGUAUUAGCCUGUGAUGGCAUUUGGAAUUAUAUGUCUAAUGAAGAAGUUGUUGGCUUUGUAAAACUGCGAAUCGAUGCUGGAAAACUCACACUCGCUGAAAUAUGUGAAGAGUUAUUCCAAAAUUGCUUAGCACCAAACACAAUGGGUGAUGGUACAGGAUGCGAUAACAUGACAGCAAUAAUUGUCAAAUUUAAGCCAGCUUUAUUUCAAUUGCCCACAUCUGCAAAUGCAGAAGAAAAUGUUGAAACUGAGAAAGUUAGCCGUAAGCGAUCACUUGAAGAUGGUGAAGCUGAAGCAUUGCCUACCACAGAAAAGAGACAAAAGAUUGAAGAUGAUUUGACACCAGCUGCUGUUGACACAUCAACAGCUUAAAUUGUAAGACACAUUUAAGAAAAAUAAUGAGAAAAUCCAAUUUGAAAAUUAUUUAUAAUUUUUGACUUUUUCCGAAUAUUCAUCAGAAACUUUUCCACGAACUUAAAUGAAUAAUUUCUCUUGCUAUGCUUAAAGUUUCAAUUGAAUCUUUAUCAAAAUUUUGAUUCCGUUGGUUUUCAAGUCACAAAACUUCACGAAGAAUUCAAUUUGAUCUUUAAGUUUAAACGAAGUUUUGCGAGAUUUAAAGCUGUAAUUAAAAUAUCCCUUUCUCCAUUUUUCUUUAUAGUUUUAACUAAUAUUCACUAGUUUUUCAAUCAUAUUAUUAAAUCAUGCAAAAUCAACUCAUUUUCAUUUAUUUCUAUUUAAUGCUGCUGCUCUUACGCAUGGCAUCUCUCAACUAUUUUUUUACCUCAUUAAGCAGAUACUCAUAAAAGAAAAAAGAUUGUAACGAAAGAAUAAAGAAAUCCGGAUGAAAACCUAUGUCAAACUUUAAUAUAAUAUCUAAUAUUUAAAUACUUAGAUGUAAAUUUAAUUAGUUUAAAUGGUUUCGAGUGUAGUUAUUCUUAUAAGUUAUUUUAGAGGAAAAACAUUCAUCAUCCGAUGUUUCAACAACACUUCAUGCUGGAAGCUUCCAGUUUAAAAACAAUUAAACAAAUGUCUUAAAAAAUUUUAAGAAGUUCGUAAAAAUGAAUAAAGAAAUGUUUUUCCUUUAAGUAAAUUAAAAUUUAUGAAAUGAA